AUGGAGCGAUUUCAGCGAAUGCUACAGACCGGGGGCCUCGGUGGUCCCGGUGUUGGAGGAGGUGAUGGACCUGUGGUCGACAACUCAGAGACUGUCUACAUUUCCUCAUUAGCUCUUUUGAAGAUGCUGAAGCAUGGACGAGCUGGUGUCCCCAUGGAAGUGAUGGGACUUAUGCUGGGAGAGUUUGUGGACGACUACACAGUUCAUGUCAUUGAUGUGUUUGCCAUGCCCCAGAGUGGUACUGGUGUCUCCGUUGAGGCCGUUGAUGAUGUGUUCCAAACACGAAUGAUGGAUAUGCUUAAACAGACCGGUCGAGAUCAGAUGGUCGUCGGAUGGUACCAUUCACAUCCCGGUUUCGGCUGCUGGCUGUCGUCUGUGGAUAUCAACACCCAACAAUCGUUUGAGCAGCUCAACAAGCGAGCAGUGGCAGUGGUGGUGGAUCCCAUUCAGUCGGUCAAGGGUAAGGUUGUAAUUGACGCCUUCCGACUGAUUAACACAAACUCGGUGCUUUUGGGCCAGGAGCCUCGAUUGUCGACCUCCAACGUGGGUCAUCUUAACAAGCCCACAAUCCACGCCCUGAUCCACGGCCUGAACCGACACUACUACUCCAUUAACAUCAACUACAAGAAAACUCCCCUGGAUGAGAAGAUGCUGCAGAACCUGCACAAGAGCAGUUGGACCUCUGGUCUGGAGAUCCAGAACUACGAGACCCAGGAGUGCAACAACGCCAACGCUGCACAGAAGAUGGUCAAACUGGCCAUUGAGUACACCAACCGAGUGCAGGAGGAGCAGGAGAUGACCGAGGACCAGCUCAAGACUCGAUAUGUCGGAAAGCAGGACCCCAAGAAGCAUCUUGAGGAUGCUGUUACUGAUAGACUGGAGGAGAACAUUGUUUCUCUCAUGGCUGGAAACGUCGACAACGUUGCUUUCCAGGCGUAG